GGCAGCAUUUGUUGCUUCAAAACCUGUAAAUAUUAUUCAGCAUUAAUGGUGCCUUCACAGCUGUGCAACUCAUCCAUGCCAUGUGCACUAAUGCACCCCCAUACCAUCACGAAUGCUGGCUUUUGAAUGGUGCGCUGAAAACAAGCCAGAUGGUCCCUCACCUCUUUACUCUGGAGGACAUGGUGUCCAUGAUUCCCAAAAAUGAUUUCUGACCACAGAACAGUUUUCCACUUCAUCUCAGUGUAUCCAAAAUGUGCUUGGGCUCAGAGAAGGCAGCAGCAUUUCUGGAUCAUGUUCAUAUAUGGUUUAUUCUUUGCAUGGUAGAGUUUUAAACUGCUUUUGUGGAUGCGGCAACGUAUUGUGUUCACAGGAUUAGGGUUUUUGGAAGUGUCUGAGCCCAUGCAGUGAUGUCCACAGCAGAAUCAUGUCUGUUUUGAAUGCAGUGCCACUUGAGAUCCUGUAGAUCACGUCCAUCCGAAUUUGUUUUUUGGUCUUGACCCUUGCGUACAGAGAUUUCUCCAGAUUCUCUGAACCUUUUAAUUAUGUUAUUUACCAUUGAGGAUGACUUGACCAAACUCUUUGCAAUUUUACGUUGACAAACGUGAUUCUUAAAGUUAAGUCAAGUUACUGACCUGUUGCCAACUAAUUUAAUUAGUUGUGAGAUGUUCCACUAGGCUUUUUUUUUUGCAUUACACAACUUUUCCAGUCUUUUAUUGCCCCUUUCCCAGCUUUUUGAAACUUUUCAAGUUGAACAGUACAGUACCACAUAUACACUAAACGAUUGUAUUGUUAAUAAUAAAUAUUUCUUCUGUAUGGUUCCUCUUCUUCGUCUUAUUACUAUUCUUAGGGGACUACGCCCUGAAAGUUGGUGUAAAGCAUUUGUAUGGGCUAUGAGCUUCCCCUUCUUAAUAUAACGUAUAUGUUCCAGGAGGUGAAUGUAUGCACAGUCCUUUUCUCAACAUCAGUCCGUCUGCUGUUAAAGUAUUCUCUUAACCCAACUUAAUGGAGGGUUAAUGGAGUUUGGGAUUUGAGUCACAUGUAAACAUAUGAGUUCCUAGUGAAUCAGAUACACUUCAAAAGAAAUAUAACUCAGUGGGAAUGUACUUCUAAUAGAGUUUACCUACAUUUUUUGUAUUUUUUAUUAAAUUGCUGAAUAAAAAUGACAUAUUUACCAAGGGGGGCCAAUAAUUCUUGAGAGUUAGGGUUACCAUAUUCAUUAAACCUAGAGCUAAAAUCUGUUUCCAUAUGUGACAGUGACACUAGUUUCCUUCUUGCCUAACGUCUUAAAGAGGAAGGAAAACAGUUCAGCCCACUUCUACUCUGCUCUGACUACUUGCAACACGUGUGUGUACCAAACGCUUCUUGUUUCCUCAUUGCCAGUCAGUUGUCUUGCAAAGCCACAGCCCCACGUAAUAAAAAGAGAUACAACAAUGGUCUUGAAAACAGCAUAUAGUCUGUUGGUCGUUUUUCUCUGGUCCGUGACUGCAACUACGGCAAAAGACUGUGGCCAGAUAAUCCAGGUGGUGGUGUCACCAAUUGUUUCCAAGAAGGGAGAGAAUGUAACACUGACCUGUGUCACCAACUGUACUCUGACCAACGCUACCUACAUCUGGUACAGAAACGGUCAACGUCUCGAUGAGCCUACUUCCAGGCAACUCUCAGUAAUAAGUUAUUAUACAUCCAGUUUCUCUUGUUCUGUGAAAGACCAUGAGGAUCUCCAAUCUCCUACAAUGUGUGUUCUGGGUAGAAAAUGUUUCAACGUGACUUAUACCCGUCAGAGUAUCUGUGCCUUGGAGGGCUCAGUGAUGGAUCUUCCCUGCAAGUAUCAAUAUCCAAAUCAUCACACACUCUCUUGGACAAGCUGGUAUGUCCAAGAGAGAGGUGACGAGAGGCCUGUUAUACUGAGUUCAUUGCCAGAGUAUUCAGGUCGUGUGAAGUACCUUGGAGAUAAUAUGAGUGAAUGUACCCUGAGAAUCACAGACCUGAGAGAGACUGACUCAGCUGAGUACAAGUUCAGAUUUAAAACACAGAAUGCAGAGUGGGGGUACAGCUUCCCUGGAACAACUCUGACUGUCACAGACCUGCAGGUGAAGGUGACUCCAGGGAAACCAAAAACUAAAACUCUGACCUGUUCCACCAGCUGUAAUCUGACUGACAACUCCAACCUCACCUACGUCUGGUACAAGAACGGACAACGUCUUGAUGAACUUGUUUCCCAUCAACACUCUGUUAAGGAAUAUCACACAGACAGUUUCUCCUGUUCUUUAUUGAAUCUGCGCUCUGCUGUGGUGUGUGUUGUGGGUCAGAGCUGCAUGAAUGUCAGUUACACCCAUCAAAGUGUCUGUGCCUUGAAAGGCUCCACAGUGAACAUCUCCUGCACGUUCAGCCAUCUGAACAGUAAAAAUGUCACAGAAAAAACCUGGUUCAACAAAUGGGACUCUGGAAUAAUUAAAGACUUGAACCAGGACCCAGAGUAUGCAGGUCGGGUGGAGUACCAUCGAACUACAGACAAAGACUCCACCCUGACUGUUACAGACCUGAGAGAGAGUGACUCUGCUGAGUACAAGUUCAGAUUUACAUCAAACAAAGUAACAUGGGGCUACAGCUUCCCUGGGACAACUCUGACUGUUACUGGUAACCAUUCUCCUCUUGUGGUAUCUGAGAGGUGUAGGGGAGGGGGGGGUUCAAACACAGUGGACACCAGGCAGUUGGAUGUUAGGUUUUUCAGACAAUUCCUUUUGUUCACUAAACAGAACUUAGAACUCAAAUACAUAAGCAUUCAAAUCACUCCUCACUGUCCUCUUCAUUCAGCACAUUGUUUUCUUUCAGCCGGCUCUCUCCUUUCCACUUAUCUGCACCUGUGUCAAAUAGGUUGUCGCCCGGUUGUUUGGCCAAUCAGGCCUCAUUGUGCGCAGCUGAGACAACGCCCUGGUGUAGGCUGCGUCUGGUGCCUCCCAGUGGUGGAGCCAGCGCCUGGCAAUGUACCGGCCGUUGACCACUAUCCCCCUCUGCUGGCCCCUGGGGGCACCACACCAUACCUUCAGGUGAAAGUGACUCCUGCCACUAAGGAAGGGAAUGUGACUCUGACCUGUAGCACCUCCUGUCCUCUGACUGACGACACCACCUACAUCUGGCACCAAAACGGACAACGUGUCACGAAUGAACACAACAACGUCCUUCACCUGGGACUCACCACAGAGGAAGUGGGCUACUCCUGUGCUGUGAAAGGUCAUGAGGACCUCCGUUCUGAGACCAUCACUGUCAAUGAAGCAGUGUUUCCCUGGGUUCCCGUGGUUACAGUGGGGGCCGUCCUGACUGUUGCAGUUCUUCUAGUCACCAUCUACUGUACCAUGAGGAGGAGAUCUACAGGAGGAAGUGACGCUACAACAGACCCACAGAGUGUCCAUCCAGACGCUAUGGGUGAAACGCAGACUGCUCAGAACCUGACCACUCUGUCUCCUGACUAUGACACACUGGGUAGUGUCCAUCCUGAUACUAACAGUGACACGUACUCAGUUCUGAACAUGAAGACCAGGUCACCUGACUACGACACUCUGGAUAGUGUCCAUCCUGAUACUAACAGUAACACGUACUCAUCUCUGAACAUGAAGAUCAGGUCACCUGACUACGACACUCUGGAUUGUGUGAGGGACUCGCACAAUGACAAUGACGGUCAGAAAAACUUGGAUUAUGAGAACUUUGGAGAACCACCACAGAACCUGGACUGAAGAGAACCACCACAGA